GAGGACUUUGUGUGAGAAAAUAUUAUUUUGAGACUUAUUAACUAAAAUAUCCAAACUUGAGGGACUUAAAAAAAAAGAUUUGGAUGAGGAUUAGCUAUUUUUUUUUCCUUCUUUCUUCUUCCUUAGCUGCCCGAUUCUGUUCUUUUCUCCCCUGCACCGAACAAGAAGCAAGCCACCGACUGCACCACCCAUUUGAGAAAACCGAAUCCCGGAUCUGCUCUGCUCUGUUCUGUUCCUCACCGUCUGCUGCUCUUGCUUUGUGGGUGCGAAUUUCUCUGAUUUUUGGAUUUCUUGAUUUUUCCUUCCAUGCCCGUCGGCCUCCCUCAAACGCACCAGUCCGACUUUGUUUGCUGAAAAUUCCUGGUAUGUGAUAGCUCCAUUUAAGUCCCAAAUUACCCAUUAGUUGCUGAAUUUUUGUCCGUUAAUUUGUUGCCCGUGAUGUCCAAAAUUCUGCAGAAAAAAAAGGGAUAAAUUCCGGCAGCCUUUGAACAUGUUUUAAGUUUAAUUCAUGUAGAAAAUUAGCUUAUUUUGGCUGCUGUGAUUUUUGGAGAAAACCCCGUGAUUUGCAAUUAUUUUGCCAAAGUUCAGGUUCUCCCUUUUCUGUCCGUGAAUUUGGAAAUUUUGGUAUAUAUGUGUUGUGUAUAAUUAAAUCAAUAAUUCGAAU